ACAUUUUAAUUCUGCUCUAUAGCCAUACUGGCGGGUUUUUGUUAGCAAAACAAGUCCAAAUUUUUGUUUCAUUUUUUUUCCAACGCUCGUUGUAAGAGCGUGGACUUUUCUUUUAAAAAUUGCUUAUAUUAAUGAACCUUUGCCAGUAGCCACCCAAAUAGUUAUCGGUUUAAUUUUGAAAAUCCACAAAAUUCGAUUUAUUGUGAGAAUCUGUCCAUCAUAAACCAUGCAUGGCGUCAUUAUUUACUAAGUCUCAUAAAUUUUAACAACGCUCAGUAAUAAAAGCAGAGGACUAAUACGAUAGAAAGAUGGGUCAUAAUGAGAUCACAAUGGACAUGGACGUUAAAAUGGAUUUGAAGGAGAAGAAAGUUGAAUAUUUUCAAUUGAGGACAUGGACCAGAUGCACCGUCAAAAUUGAAGCCAUCAAAUACAUUCCAUGUUUCGUAAAAAUAACCUUGAUUCAAAACAGCAAUGACGAGAACUCGAAUGUAGUGAUAAAAAUCAAUGUACCGGGACUAGGCGUCCAACUGGCGAGUUCUCGUUCGAAGGACUAUUCUUACGGUUUAUUCUGGACACAACACCGUAAAAAUUGCUGCAUGUUUUUUGCGUUGGACUCAAAGGUCAAUUUGGAUCGUCACAUUAAUUGGGUUCAAAAUUCGAUAAUCAAUUUGGAGAUUCAUCGAAGAGAAAUGUUAGAAUCGCGACGCGCCAGUCGUGCUAGCAGAAUCGAUGACAGUGUUGUACGGUCUUUAAACUCAUCCCUUGAUUGUGAAGCCGGAAUAUGUAACGAUACUCAAGAUAUUAGGGACAUUAACGACAUCCUUGGACCACUUCCAAACUUACCUGAUUCCAAUAUUAAUUGGUCCAGAAGAAUUUCGACAACAUCCGAAAUUUACGAAGAGAUUGGUGACGGACGGAACAUCAAUCGAAAAAUGUCACGAACAUCCAUUGCAUCCGGCAUUUAUGAAGUAAUGACAUCGCCUGUUAUUCCGACGGAUGAAACUGCACGAAUGCUGGAAGAAAUGCCCCCUCCACUUCCACCUCCGAGACCUCGCGUAAAUACUCAAACCGAAAUCAACCGUACAUACACCAAUCCCGAAUCAAUAUCGUUGAAGAAACGGAAGCGAAACAUCUUCGAAACAGUGUUCUCUCGCCACAAGAGCAUACACAAACGGAAAACACCGAAAUCGAAAGGACAGACAGCCACAGCAGAGUCUCCAGCAAUCGAACUGAUUCGCAGUCAUCGAAUGAGCUACUCAAGUCCAGAUCUUCGUAAAGUGGAUGUGGAGGUGGAUGUAACCGACUGUGUCAAAGAAUUCGAAAACGAACUUAUGGCACGUUCCAGUGCCACGGAAUUUUCCAUUCGCAACGAAAACAGUUUUCUCGAUUCGACUAUAAGUGACAAGGAAGUUUUCGAUGACGAGCGAAAUAUAUCGGAGAACAUUUUGUCAAGCUACAACAUUUCGUGCAACGAUUCAAAGGUCAAUUUGGUUGGUUCGAAUUUCAAUGCCAAAAUGGAGACAAAGUCAGUGGCUACAAUUAUCGACUGUCCGUCUGGAUAUUGUCAAAUGGCUCCGAUAAUUCGUAGUAGCUCAGCAACUUCACCUGUAUCAGCGCCUGAACUGCCGCCAAAAUCUCCAUUCUUUACCGAGAAUUGCAGUCAACAGCUAAGUCCCGUAGAUGCGACCAAAACGAUUACCUUCUGCCGUGAUUAUGGAGUAGAAGCCAGUCUACAGAACUUCGAAAAUUUGACAAUUUCCAAAGGAAGCAGCAGAAAAUCAUCCAGAAGCUCUAAAGCUAUGUCAUCGCACAAUUCCUCAGAUCAAUCAAAAUCGAAAAAGUCUACACCAAAGAAACCGAACAAUUCAUUUGACGAGAAAUAUCCAUCGUACUAUCCGAAUGAUGUGCAGAAAACGCCACUAAACAAUCAUCGGAAAAACGAUGCAAUUGACUUUUUAGCCAAACCGAGUACGCCAGAAAGAGCCGAAAAUUUAUAUAUAGCCACCCCACGCCAUGGGACCAAUCGCAGUACAAAGACACCGAGAGAAUCACCGACAAAACCGAUAGUAUCGUCCAGUGCUACCGAAUUGCUGACUCCAUCGACGAAAUCAUCAAUAACCGAAACCAUAUCAAGCGGUUCGCCACUUUUUUAUCCUAAAUAUGCGACCGUAACGCCACUGAAGGAGUCAGUUAGCUGUAAAAAAGUCACUGACAUAGCCAGCAGUAUGAAACGCUUUUCAUCACUUCCACGUUUCAAGAAGAUUGAUUUUUCACCGUUAAAGAUGAAAAUCAAUAGCGUUUUGCAGCGUCACAAUCCAGACCAGAUGUGAUAUUCAGUGUUAGGGUUCGGUUAUCCGUAUUUCUACUCUUUCACUGCACUGAAUACACAUCGUUAAAAAUGACAUUCGAUGAAACUAAAGUUUUAUUGAGGUCGAAUCUAUGAAUUUCAUUAAGUUAUUUUCGCAUUUAUUUUCCUGAAAAGCCUUACUUCUGGACAAGGUUUUUCAUUUAUUUUCCGAUCAAACCUCAUUUUUAUCAUUACGUCAAUUUAGCUAAAAAAAAGUUGUUAAUUGUAUUGAUUGACUUUAUUGAAUAGAAAAAAAAAUCUUCACUUUUAUAGCUAAUUAACGCUCCAUUAAUUAAUUGACCAUUACAAUGACAGCCCAUUCCAUUAGUCUGAUUUCGGAUCAAAUAUCUGAAAAUCGAUUUCACAUUGGCGUUCUUAAGAUCAAUUUCUAUUGAACGUCUUCAAUCUUUUAGAAACGGCAAGUGUGUCAUGGCGAAAUCAUUAAAUCUGUGACAUCAUUUGUAUCUCCUAUGUUUGAAACAAAAUCUAUUACUUCAAUAUUUUUAUCACCAAUUUUGACUAGCUAGAGCUCAUCGCUUAUUCUUGUUGUCAUUGUCGAUAGCAAAUGAUUAGCCGUUUCUAUAAGGUUUCUUCCGCAGAAAGUUUAAGUUUUAUUUUCUAAUUUUAUUUUAUUUUGAUUUGAAUCGCUUUUAUUCAAUUAAAAACUUUUAGUUAUUUUUUAAUCAGACUGACAAGUGAAAUUGCAUCUACCCUAUUUGUUAAGUCUUAAGUGAUCAGGACUCUGACCCUGGCCAUGAAAUUGUCUUCGUUUUAUUUAUUAUUCCAAAAAUCUGCUAAUUUCACUUUGCUAAAUUUUUAAUAAUUGUGCUAAUUAUCGAAUGUGUUAAGUGCUUACAAACCGUGGUUUGUGUGAUAAAAUAUUUGUAAAUGUG